AAGCGUUAGGCUCACUCUGGCCUCAGGGUGGCUUCGGACUCGUCCUCUGUAAAGGACGGAAAACCUUAUGGUUGCUCUGAAAGUCACCCCUUCCCGAUCGCGCUCUCUUCCCGUGGCAGCCUACAACUCCCAUGAGGAGCCGCGCGCGCGAGGGAGUUAGGGAGGAAUGCUCACGAAUGCCUCAUCAUGUUCUCGCGAGAGCCACCGCGGCUUCCGUCCGGCGCCCCCUCCCCCAACAUAGUUCGGCGGCCGGUUGUUGUUGUGCGGCCCAAGAUGGCGGCUCAGGCGGCCCAAGCGGCCCAGGCCGAGGCCUCGGAGUCGUGGUACCUGGCGCUGCUGGGCUUUGCCGAGCACUUCCGCACGUCCAGCCCGCCCAAGAUCCGUCUGUGCGUACACUGCCUGCAGGCCGUGUUUCCCUUCAAGCCUCCGCAGCGCAUCGAGGCCCGCACGCACCUGCAACUGGGCUCCGUGCUCUACCACCACACCAAGAACAGCGAACUAGCCCGCAGCCACCUCGAGAAGGCGUGGUUGAUAUCCCAACAAAUUCCACAGUUUGAAGAUGUCAAAUUUGAAGCAGCAAGUCUUCUAUCUGAGUUGUAUUGCCAAGAGAAUUCAGUUGAUGCUGCAAAACCUCUCUUGCGUAAAGCAAUUCAGAUUUCACAGCAAACACCCUACUGGCAUUGUAGACUACUCUUUCAACUUGCACAACUCCACACACUUGAAAAAGAUUUGGUAUCUGCAUGUGACUUACUUGGAGUUGGAGCAGAAUAUGCCAGGGUAGUAGGAUCAGAAUAUACCAGGGCAUUGUUCUUGCUGAGUAAGGGGAUGCUCCUUCUGAUGGAAAGGAAGUUACAAGAAGUCCAUCCUCUUCUGACUCUUUGUGGACAAAUAGUUGAAAACUGGCAAGGGAACCCCAUACAGAAGGAAUCUCUUCGAGUUUUCUUCUUGGUCCUCCAGGUGACGCACUACUUGGAUGCUGGACAGGUGAAAAGUGUGAAGCCAUGUCUGAAGCAGCUUCAGCAGUGUAUUCAAACUAUUUCUACUCUUCAUGACGAUGAAAUUCUACCCAGCAAUCCUGCUGACCUCUUUCAUUGGCUGCCCAAAGAGCAUAUGUGUGUAUUGGUCUACCUGGUGACAGUAAUGCAUUCUAUGCAAGCCGGCUACUUGGAGAAAGCACAGAAGUACACAGACAAAGCACUCAUGCAGCUAGAAAAGUUAAAAAUGUUAGACUGCAGUCCUAUCUUGUCAUCUUUCCAAGUGAUAUUGCUGGAACACAUAAUCAUGUGCCGACUUGUCACAGGACACAAGGCCACUGCCCUGCAGGAGAUCUCACAAGUCUGUCAGUUGUGCCAGCAGUCUCCAAGGCUAUUUUCUAAUCAUGCUGCCCAGUUACAUACUUUAUUAGGUCUGUACUGUAUUUCUGUUAACUGCAUGGAUAAUGCAGAAGCUCAAUUCACUACUGCAUUGCGGCUUACCACUCAUCAGGAGUUGUGGGCAUUUAUUGUGACAAACCUUGCCAGUGUAUACAUCAGAGAAGGCAAUAGACACCAAGAGCUAUACAAUUUAUUGGAAAGGAUAAAUCCAGACCACAACUUUCCUGUAAGUUCUCACUGCCUGAGGGCUGCUGCUUUCUACAUCCGAGGACUCUUCUCUUUCUUUCAGGGAAGAUACAAUGAAGCAAAGCGAUUUUUACGUGAAACUCUGAAAAUGUCAAAUGCAGAAGAUUUGAACCGGUUAACAGCUUGUUCCCUUGUCCUCCUGGGUCAUAUAUUCUAUGUAUUAGGGAAUCAUAGGGAGAGUAAUAAUAUGGUGGUACCAGCUAUGCAGCUGGCUAGCAAGAUUCCAGACAUGUCGGUGCAGCUGUGGUCUUCAGCUCUACUAAGAGACCUGAAUAAAGCUUGUGGGAAUGCAAUGGAUGCUCAUGAAGCUGCCCAGAUGCAUCAGAACUUCUCCCAGCAGCUUCUCCAAGAUCACAUUGAAGCUUGUAGCCUUCCAGAACACAACCUGAUCACGUGGACAGAUGGGCCACCCCCUGUACAGUUUCAGGCGCAGAAUGGACCUACUACCAGCCUUGCUAGUCUUCUGUGAAGGAAAACUCUGCUAAAGUGAUACAUGCAACUUGGCCCCUGGGCAGAGGAAAAUCUAUCGUGGGGGACUUUUUCCAGAAGGGGAAAAGGAGGAAUUUCCUGUACAGCCAAAAGCCUUAAUCAAGAUUGAACACAGCCUACAUUUUAGAGACUCAAAAAGGACAUUUUAAGCUGCUUUUAAAGAUGAGAGGUGUGUGCCCUUACACACAACUUCUGGAUUUUUAACUGUAUUUGAUGUUUCUGGUUUUCCUCUGUAUGGUGCAGAAUCCAGGACACUGUUAGGGGAUAUUGGCAGGGGAAUCCGUCUUUCCUCGUUUACCAAACAUUCAUUAUGUGAAAUUCUCCAACCCAAUCUUGAUGUUGAUUUUCCCAAAGCAGCACUUGGAAAUGGAUUCUGACCAGAUUGCCAAUCACUGCUCUAAAUAUUUAAGUUCUACCUAAAAUGAAGUGCUUCUGGUUGGAGAAAGGCCGGGAGUGGAGAAGAGUCUACUACAAGGCUCCAAGUAGCAUGUAUUGUGGGAUUUAAUCAUGACUCUGUGCCUGGGAGUGGGUAUGGAGAGCUGGCAAACCUCAAAAGCCUUCUCUUAGGGAAGUCCCAUGUCUCAAAGCUGUUUUGUAGCAAAUCACCAAGUGUACCCAGAUUAAACAAGUUCUUCUCUAGUGAAGGUGAAAAGUAAGGUUGGUUACUUUUUAACCUUUCAUUGCCUGAGUGAGUAGCCAUGUGUUGUGAAGGAGGGACAGUAUCCUCCUUCCCCAUUAACUCUUUAAUGCAUCCCUUGGACAACUUUACCGAAUAAAGUUUGAAAGUUUAAAUUUAGCUUAAUCCCAGCAUCCAGAUUUGAGGGAGAUAACCUGGAGAAAAUAAAUCACUUUCGAAAAAAUGCACAUUUGUACAGAAAAUGGCUUUUUCAAUGUAUCUUUUGAAUAUCCCAUUAUUCAACAGACUUUCAGUCCUGUACUACACUGAACUUUUGUUCAGACUCACUUAGAAGUCCAAGAAUGCCAGCUUCCAAAUGUAAGGCACCUUGAUCUACUACACUGUUCUGUUGUGUAUAUUAUUAUACAUAAAUAUAUAUAUAUGUAUGUAUGUAUGUGUUGUGUACUUAUAUAUCUACAGAGGUAGAGGCUUGUGUUUACAUUUCCCCUAAUAACAGGAACUUAUUGGGGGAGGUAUUGUGAGGCUCCCCAUUUUGAUUUAAAUCUACCCCUCUGCCCAGCUUGAAAUGAAAGGCACAUUGAAUAAGCACUAUCUGUUCUCACCUUUGAAAAUCUGUUUGAAUAGCAAAACAUUCCCUUUUAAAGGACCCCAGGAUUAAUGGUUUUAGUUAUAGUGAUUAACAGGGCCAAGGCAGCCACAGUAGCAUGUGGGUGGUAUGCACUGAAAAUGACAACUAUCCAAAGGUCUCAGUUUCCAUUUUGCAGGCAACUAGUACAAUACCUGUCUUAUGGUAAGUAAACUCUAAAUGAAUGAUGACUGAAAUGACUUAGACCACAAAUUAAAUGGGCCUAAAAUAGGCGAAGCAGAAUAUAUUCUAGUAGGUGAUUGGAAUGCCACUGAGCUGAUAUAGAAAGACAAAGAGUUUCACAUAAAGCACUUCCCCCAGAUGCUUUCCAAGGGUAGCCAUUGUUGUUGGUUUCCUGACCUAGAUUGUAAACCCACUUAAUUCCUUCCUUUUUGGGUAGGCUGUGGGGUUCAAAGGAAAGACCCUUUCAGGUCUCUUGACAAGUACUAAUAUAAGAAGAGUUAUUCGCUUGUUUUCUUCAAAAUCAUCAGUACCUACUGAGCCAACCAGUCCCAAUGUACAAGGUUGGUAAGGCUCUCAGGAUAGGUUUGAUUUAAAUCUUCUAAACUAUAUUUCUUAUUUGAGAUGAUCUCUUUCAGGAAGGAAUUUAUUCAUUUUUCUUGUUUAUACACAUAUUGGUAAGCCUAAUUUUUGAAAUAAGAUGUCCUAUCACAGAUAGCAUUAUUGCCCUUUAAAGGAAAAUAUUUUUAAUUUUCCCAUCAGAGGAGCCCAUGUCCAAUUUGUGUAGUCAGCAGCGACACCUAUAAUAAUGACUGUUUGCUUAAGCUAACAGGUGAUUGCCCGCCUACCCACCCUUAAUCAGAGAUGUAAAUUCUUGUUUGAUUAGUUCACUGCUGCCUCAGAAACAAAUUAGGUCUACAUGCUAUGAAUUAUAAAAAACUUUUUUCUUUGUUUUAAAGGCCUGAGAAGAGUGAGCUAGCUAGAGCUUUGGGAUUAAUUAGAAUGUUGAGAUUGAAGUGAAACCUAAUCUUACAGAAGAGAAAACUAAAGGACAGAUAUGGGAAAUGACUUAACUAGUCAUACCACCAACCACUUGCCCUUCUCAUGGAAAUUGUGGCCAUCUCUGUGCAGCUUUUGAAAGGUCCUAAGAUUGUCUUCAAUUGGGUAGAAUCAAAAAAGCCCCAAUGCAGUGUAACUGAAAGAAUAAUGGGCCCAAGGAAACUUGGGUUCUUUUCUCAUCUCUGCCUUUAGCUAACUAGCUCUGUGAUCUUGACUAAAUCACUUAAAUUGCUAGGGCUUCAGUUUUUGGUUGUGCAUAUGUGUGUGUGUGUGUGUUUUUUUUCUUAGAUGAGGGAGUGGGGCAGGAAUGGACAAGAUGGCAGUGAGAAAAGGAAGGUCUGGAGAAAACGAAAUGAUCUCUGAGAUCCUGCAAAGCCCUAAUUUUCCUGUGUGUUCUCUGCCUCUUAAGUGAUAGACUUCCUUCAUAUAAACACAAUUCUUUUGAAGGAGAUGAAAAAGCUCCCAGGGAAUUUUGGCCUCUGGCAAACAGAUCUGGGAGCCUUCAAAUCUCUUCUUGGCACAUAAGUCCCUCUUUGUCAAUACCUGGAAUAAAUAGCUCCUGCAGCUCUCAGUCUUUCUUACAAGGUUGCAUGAAGGAGAAGUCUCCCCAAGACAAAUAGCAGUAAAGCAGAUUGUUACCUUAUAGACUGCAAGGACUCACUGUGGCUUCACUCUGCCCCUUCAUAAUAUAGACUCUGUUUGCACCUGGCCCAGGUGAACUAACCUCUGCAUCCCACUGUUUACAUCAUCUUGUAUGGCAUUGUGAUCGAAUGCAUUUUAAUUUAUUGUAUGAUUUUACAUGCUUCUAGGGCAUUCAUCUGUAGCACAAUUUAAAAGUACAGCUUUGUACUUUGAGCAUUAAAUGGUCCACCUUAGCCUUACUUAAGUCAGAUUAUGUGAGGACAUGUACAUGGCAUGCCCUCUUUAGUUUCACCUUCCCAUAGGAUGGGGGGUGGGAGGAGCUGAAUGUGCUGAAUGUAUACCAGGCAUGGUAUUAAGAGCUUUACAAUUAUCUCAUUUGAGCUUCACAACAACCCAGGAAGCUAGUGACUCUUUCUCCUUAUUUUACAGAUGAAGACUAAAUUCUAUAGAGGGAGCUUUACCAAAAUGUUCUAUAGUAGGAAGCAAACUCCGGACAUCAAUUCCAAAUAAAUUACUCUUUCUCCUUAUAGCACAGCUUCUCUGAGCAAAAGCUGGCUAGAAAGGCUCCAUUCCCCAGGGUGCCAAAUGAGACAGAUAAGAUGCUUUAGACAGACAUGAAUAAGAACCGAGCAGCAUCCCAAUCCUCUUCCUGGACAACUGGUUAGAAUUUAUUAGCUACCCUUGCAAAUUUGGUAUCACGGUAAGAAAAGGCCCUCUUGUAUUCUUUCUCUCCUUUGAACUCUAGGCUCAUAGUGAUCAUGGAGGGGGGAAGGCAAAGCCAACUCUUAAUGGUCUUCGAAAUGAAUUAAAGGCUAUAUUAGCAAGGCCAGUCUCAAUUACUGAUGAUGUCAUCAACAACACUAGAUCAUUAACUGAGGGAACAGACUAUCCACUGAAUUAGAAGUCAGAAUUUUCAGUUGGCAGGAAUCUUAAAGGGCAUUAAUCUUCCACAUAGUGGAACAAAAUCCCUCUAUCAUAACCAUGGCCAAUGGUCAUCACUUUACUGAGACAGUUUGUCAUUAUUGAACAACUCAAGUGGUAAGACUUAUUAGAUUAAACUAGUCUGCAUCCUUAAAAUUUCUAUUCGAAUUUUACCUUAUGAAUCAAAACAAGAAGAAAGUGUAUAAAUGUCUAUAUAAGGCUUUCAUAUAAACAUUCCCAUGGACUUCAUGCAACAUUCCCUUUGAGGACUAGUUUGCAAAGCCUAUGGGCUAAAUAGUGGUUAUAUUUUUGUGUUCCAUCAUGAGCAGCAAGCAAACAAAAUUUGGGAACCUAGGCUACAUAAAUGAAAACACAAAUCUAGAAUAAUACAUAUAUCCUGAUAUGUAGAAGUGAUAUAUUUUUUUAAAUUUUAAAUAAUUAGUCAUUGACCCAUGACACCUGGAAGUGGUUACACAACAUUAGGGGCAAGCAGUAGAUGAGAUAAUAUUAGCUUAUUUAUUCAAUUAGUUACUUGAGUGAGUGAAUAUAUAUGUAUUUUUUUUUUUUUUUUGCUGAAAAUCUCAGGUAACCACAUGUCCUAAAAUUUCAGGGUUGGAAGAGGCCUUUGACCUCAUAUAAUCAAGCAAGAUCAUGCAACUAGUUAAUGGGGGAGUUGUGAAAAAGUUAUGUUGUGCUACUAUUGUUGCCUCAGAAACAGGUCAUACCUACAUAUCUUGAAUUAUGUGAAAACCAUCCACUUCCAUUGCAGUUUAAUCAUGCUCACCCUCAGCUCCCGGUGGUUAUAAGAAUUUUAACUUGUCUAAAUUUUGUAUUUUCUCUAGCACCUGAUAUAGGGCUUUCCCUAUAGUCGGUGCCUAACAAAUGUUUGUUGAAUUAAUAAAUUUUAAAGGUGGGAACAAUUUAUUUGGGGGAGUGGGAAAAUCAUCUUUGUUUCAAUUUGUACAAAAAUAUAGAUUUGAUGAUAAAUAAAAACUUUUUGGUCAUUGUGGAUUAAAUCAUCCAUUUGUUGCCCUAUUCUGUUUGUAACAUUAAGAGAUUUUUAAGAUUCUGUGUAUAACAUAGAUUGUGUUUCCAUUUGUCUGUUUAUUCCAUUAUUACUCGUGCUUGUAAAUCCUGCUGAGGCUUUUAACCCAGAGAAACUACAUGUAUAUACAAUAAUGUUGCUGUAUAAUAAGACAUAACCACUUGCCUUAGCGUGUCUAUUGUUAAAUUCUUUUUUCUUCUAUAUUAGAAUUUUAAAUAAAAUAAGUUGACAGGAAAACCUCA